CCAUACAUGGCCAAUUCCAGCACACCCACUGCAGGGCACGGCUAUGCCCUGCAGCCAAGGUGGUUGCACCUCUGGGAAAGUGUAUUUAAGAAAGGGACAGCCAGCGGGGAAUGAGGGGAAAAAAUGUGAGAAACAACCUUGUGAGCACCAAGGUCAGAGAAGAGGGAUAGGAGGAGGUGCUCCAGUCACUAGAGCAGAGAUUCCCCUAGAGCCCAUGGUGGCCUGGGGAGGACCCCAUGCUAGAGCAGGAGGAUGUAUAGUGAAGGAACAGCAUCCCAUAGGGAGUCCAGGUUUUUUUCCUGAAGGAACUGUAUCCCAUAAGAAGGACACAUUUUGGAACAGAGGAAAUGUGUGAGGAGGAAGAAGCAGCUGAGAGGAAUCAUUGCAGACUGAUCACAAACUCCCAUUCCCCAUUCCUGUGCACUGCUCAGGGGCAGGGAGGAAGUGGAGGAGAUGGGAACGAAGGAGGAAUUUGAGCCUGUGAAGUUGAGGGGCAGAUAUUAUUUUAAUUUUUGUCUUUGAUCUAUUUUAAAUGGCAAUAAAUUACAUUAUUUUGCCCCAAGAUGAUUCUGUUUAGCCUAUCACGGUAAGUGGUAAGUGAUCUCCCCAUUCUUACUUCAACCCAUAAGAAUUUCAUCUUAUUUUCUCCACCUAUUUUGUUGAGGAGAGGGAGUGAGAGAAUGGUUGGAUGGGUGUCUGACAGCCAGAAAAGGUUGACCCACCACAGUAACUAAAACCAGGAUUAAAACCAUCUACCUUCCCAAAACAAAGGGAGAUAUCGUGGAAAAUUCCCUUUUCCUCAAGAUACAGUGUUAGAGUAAAGCUAAGAAGACAUUCCCUCCUCUUUCAUUUUCCUCAACAAUGAAUGUGAAAACAUUUCCUUUGUAAUUGUAGUGCUGCACUCACAUAUUAAUUUUUACACUCACAAAAGCAGAAAAGUUAUGUGGUAUUAAUGGAUCUCUGAAUCACAUUCUACUAUGCCUUCAUUCUGAAUUUAACUACUUAUUUCACAGGUAGGAGGACAUGAGUAAUGAAACUGGUUUAAAAGGCCUGACAUUCACUUUCUGCUUUCUGUGACUACAUUCAGGAGCAAAGAACAAAUUAUGACAUCGACAUCUAAAGGAAUUUUCCGGCCAUUUUUUAUUAUCUUCAUUGUCCUUGGUUGUUUCAUGGCAUUUAUAUUAAUUUAUAUCAAACCAACAAAUAGCUGGAUUUCUGGUCCUAUAGAAUCAGCCAGUUCAGUUUUGAAAAUGAAGAACUUCUUUUCUUCCAAAACUGAUAAUCUUAAUGAAACUACUGUUUUGAUCUGGGUUUGGCCAUUUGGCCAGACAUUCGAUUUAACAUCCUGCCAAACAAUGUUCAAUAUCCCUGGGUGCCAUCUGACUAUUGACCGCUCGCUAUAUAACAGAUCCCAUGCUGUUCUCAUUCAUCACAGGGACAUUAGCUGGGAUCUGACUAAUUUACCUCAGCAAGCCAGGCCACCAUUCCAGAAGUGGAUUUGGAUGAACUUGGAGUCUCCAACUCAUACUCCACAGAAGAGUGGCAUUGAACACCUAUUUAACCUGACCCUGACUUAUCGGCGUGAUUCAGAUAUUCAGGUGCCUUAUGGCUUCAUGAUGGUUGGUACAAGUUCCUUCACAUUUGAAGUACCAAGUAAGGAAAACUUGGUCUGUUGGGUUGUAAGUAACUGGAACCCCGAGCACGCUCGAGUCAAGUAUUAUAAUGAGCUUAGCAAAUACAUUGAAAUCCAUACCUACGGACAAGCCUUUGGAGACUACGUCAAUGACAAAAACUUGAUUCCAACUAUCUCCACUUGCAAAUUCUACCUUUCCUUUGAAAAUUCAAUCCACAAAGAUUACAUUACUGAGAAACUUUACAAUGCUCUUCUGGCUGGAUCAGUACCAGUUGUACUGGGCCCUUCCAGAGAAAAUUAUGAGAAUUACAUUCCAGCAGACUCUUUCAUACACGUGGAAGAUUUUCUCUCCCCCAGAGAGCUGGCAGAAUAUCUUUUGAUGCUCGACAAAAAUAACAAGAUGUACCUUAGUUAUUUCAACUGGAAGAAGGAUUUUUCGGUGCAUCUUCCUAGGUUCUGGGAAUCACAUGCAUGUCUUGCUUGUGAUCAUGUGAAAAGACACCAGGAGUACAAGUCCAUUGGAAAUUUAGAAAAAUGGUUUUGGAAUUAAUUUGUGUGUGUGUGUGUGUGUGUGUGUGUGUGUGUGUGUGCACUUUUUUGAAGAAGCCAGAAGGAACUUCAGUCCAAGUGGAGAGGAAAGGAAAAGAGAAAAAAAAGGAAGGAAAAGAGAAUAUUUUGUCAUGGUUUAUCAGCUGUUCCCUCUUGGCUAUCCUAUUUAUAUUUUGUAAGAGAUUUUAAAAGAUCAGCAACAGUAGUCAUCAAUACUUAGUUUCAAAUCAUAAUAGACAUACUAAUUAUGUGCACUGAAGAAUAUUUGAUUGUUUAUUGUGAAUUUAAAACAAAAUUUCCCACAUUUUCUGUGAAAUAUGUCCCAGUCUUACACCCCAAGUAGUAAUUUUUAACAAUUGUUUUUUAUUUUUAACAUUACAUUUGCUGUUUAACUAUUUGGAAAAUGAGGAAACAAUUUUUAAAUACCGGAGAAAACUUUAGGAACAUAAUUUGCUGUUCCAGUCUAAAAUGUGUGUAAUAUAUCAAAAGACAGUAAAGUUUCAUAUGUUCAUUUUACAUUUUAAGAGCACAGUAAAGUACAAUACCUAGCAUUACUGAAGUGUCAUUAAUUGCCCCCCUUUUUAAGAGUAAUGAACUAUAGUUUUUUAAAGGUAUUAGAAUAGUAGACAGUUUUGGUUUCUAAAAAUAAGAUGUUUCCUAACAAAUAGUCCCAUUAAGUUGCUUGAAGAAUAUAUCUGUUCUUACCCCCGAAGAAACAAUAAGUCAGACACAGAGAAAAUGACCAAUCUUAGAGACCAAAGCCCAGAUUCAUCCAAUUUUUGUUUUCAAAUGCAGCAUGCCCUUAAGCCCCAUUGUGUCUCAAGUAUUAUUAAUAUGAACCAGGGCUCUAAGUGGUGUUACACCAAUACAGAGAUAAAUGGAUUUUAAUAAAGGUAUUUGAUUACAUCAGCCUCAUGAACUGAAUUCAGCUGGUAAUAAUGGAUUUUUGAAAUAGCUUGCUGAGAAAUUUUAGGAAUUUCUCUCAUAUAGUUUCUUGAAUAAUAGUGAAUUUUUCCCCAAUUCUGUAAAGACAUGUUGAACUUUAAUUGUAGCGGAAAAUGUGAUGUUAUGACUCAUGAAAGGGGGAUAAAAUGACUAAACAGUUAAUUUUCUGAAAGAAAUAUGUUCAAAUUCAGUAAAUAAGCUAUCAGGUUGACAUAUUCAACCUUUCAACUUACUAGGUUAAUGAAUUUUGGGGUCUGAGAAUAUUUUAUAUGAAAAAAUGCACUAUUCAGAGCAGCAGUUUGCUAUCAAUAUUUGAUAAUAUGAGUAGGUUCUUAAGUACUAAAUUUGCUCUAAUAGCAAAUACGAAAUUGUGAUUAUUGUCCUGAUUGUUUAAAAUGUCUGCUUUUAAUGUGUCACUUGAUUUUAAUCCUUCUUUAUUUCAGCUAAGACAUGAAUAUAUGAUUGCCAUAUAUAUUUAUACGUACAAGGUUGGUUUAAUGACAUAAAUGUAUGGAUAUGUUUUGGUAUCAAAUGAAAGCCAGUUAGCUUGGAUUUUCAGGUCAAAGUGCUACAGAUCACACCUUCUACUAGAAAAAAAGAAAAAAGUUCAACUGGAAAAGCUUCAGCUUAUGAGAUGUAUAAGAACCUGAUCAAGCACAGUAGUUAAUCAAAUACCUAAGAUUAAACUUGCAGACAGCAACAUUGCUGAAGUAAGAAAAUAAGGGAUACAAAAUUAUAAAUAUUUGGCAAAAGGUAAGGUGACUUGUCAGAUUUAUUUUUUCACUCCAGGUUGGAAUAAAAACACAGAAGGCUGUAAGAGUAAUGUAAUUAAAUUUCUAAAACUCAAAACCCCAUGGAAAAAUGAUAGAAUCACUUCUCUCCCUAUGGCUUCAAAAGCUGUAUUCUAAUCCAGAUAUUUACUUACACUAUUUAUUGCUUUCUUUAAAAGCUAGUUUUCAGUAGGAUGUCAAUCACCAGUAUUCCAGAAUGAAAAAAGAUGAGCUUACACUGAAAAUUAAUGCAAUACAACGAAACUGAAUCUUCUAAAAAUGAAGUGUUGACAUGGAUGUAAUGUGAGUAAUAUUUUAUCAUUUCAAAGGCAAGUGGCUAUAGCUCACAGUCUAUCCUAGACAAAAUCAUAGCGUUUUGUUUUGGGGAGGACUGAAAAAUUCUGUCACUGAACAUACCACUGGUUUGGCUCAAUAACCUGAUUCCCUCAGUGCUGGGAUUUGGAAGUUCUUUGCACUGAUCUCACUGGAAGGUGAAUGUGCACAAUCCUUAAUUUCAUUUUUCAUUUCAGAUCAUGGGAGUUAUGCUGUGUAAGUCCUUAGGUCAAAUCAGAUUGGUUUCUUGGCAGCAAGUUCAGCUGAUAAGUUCUUAUAAUAAUAACAAGCAAGUAAAAUAAGAUACAUGACUCGUUGCUACAAAUAUGGAUUAGUGUAUACACAGGAAAGUUUUGAAAUAUACACUGAGUUUUAACACUGUAAGUAAUGUCUUUACCUCUCUAAGCACAGGAUCCAGUCAGUAUGGUUAAUCUUCGGCUGAAUUUCAAGAAGUGUGAAAGUCUUUUGAUGGAACUGGAAAGAGAGUUGUUCUCUUCACAGAAACACCACACAAAGCUUGUAUACAUUGCAUUCAGGACACACUGCUAAAAUUGUUUCAAGGAUUAAUGAGACAGGAGAGACAUCUAAUCCAGAAUUAUGGAGAAGAAUCAUGACCAAAUUCUAAAAAAUAUAAAUGAUCCUAAUGCCUCACUGACAUCUUGAAGAGUGUGGGCUAAAACAUAAGUGAGACAGCUGUUUUAUGAAGAUUUUAAGGUGAUCUGCAGGUAUCAAGCCUUAAUCAGUUCUGGAUAUAAAGAACUUUGCUGACAGAAGACAAAACAUUAUCAGGCAUGUCCAGCCCAUGUGGUAAAUGAUGUGAAGCAAUGGAUGUAAAACAUCUGUACUCCAUGCAUGCAUGCAUAAAGGCUGUCUACCUAGACCUACAUGCUUAAUUCACUCAAGAUUGUUUCCAGUCCGUAUAUGACAUUCAGCAUUGUGAGGUCUGUUCUUCUGCAGUGAGCUACUCUACAGGAACAGCUAGCAUAAAUAGACUCAAAUAGCAAAUCCCUGUGAAGGAGAAUGAGCAAAAUCAACUAAUUAUGGCAGGCUAAAUUAUAUGGAAUUAGACACAUAGUAGAGAACAAGACAUUAUGCUUUGAUACUAUUGGCAAAAGAAGAUACUUGUACCAGAAAAGAGAACUAGAAGAUAAGAAAUCACACCAGUACUAUUUUCUCAACAAUUUUGUUUCAGUCAUUCAGUUUAUUUUACUUGCCAGCCCACAAUAAUCUUGCAUAUGCACUUGUCUCAAGUUAACUAGGCAGCCACUGAAGACAGAAAGUAAUCACUAAUUUUCUUUUGCAAUGGCUUAUUUUGGAUGGUUUUAGGGUCUCUGUUGUGCACUGAGUUAUCACUGCUACUGCCUUUCUCAGUGUGAAAAAUAAGACUUAAAUACUAACUGCAGAUGCAUUGCUACCCCACUAAAUGUGAAUAGAUAUCAGACAAAACUGGCAGCAGAUCCUUUUAAAGCAGACUUUUCAUGUCAUUUCAGACACUCAGUGACCAAAGCAACUCUUGCUCAGUAUGAGGUCCCCAUUUCUUAGUGAAUCCUGUUGACAAUUCCUUUGAAUGCCUCUUUCUAUAUGAGAUGGCUUUCCUCGCAAUGACCGAGGCUCACGGAAUGUGUGAGACAUCCAGCAAUAUAUUUGUCUUUUAAGGAACAGAUGAAGUAAAAGUUGGACUGAGAAAGUAGGAAUGUAGAGUUCAUACAGGCUGAGCAAGACGUGGGAAAUUGACACUACUGAGCAUAGUAAACAACUAUUUACUCUGUCUAGCUGCCCAUAUUUUUUUCACAAAAUAGGCUUUAAAAAACACUAAUUUUCUCCCAUCUCUAAUCAAGGAAGAUCCAGUUAAACAACCAAUGACUCUUCCUGAUUAUUGGAGAAUGGGACUCCUGUUGCCCUUGUAUUAUCUUUUUCAUUAGACAGAAAAUAACUUUCGGGUGCAGAGUGAAGUCUGUCAGUAAAUUAAUCAUACUUCUUAUCUAGAUUCAGGAGUCUCUAUUCUUCUUUCCUUUUUUGAUUUUGAAGUCCUCAUGCAGCAAUACUGUCUGGACUUUAAUCAAGAAAGACCUUAAGCACAUGCAGAUGACCAUGAGACUUAAAAAUUUUAAGAACAUCUUAAAUGCUUUAAUGCAUUGAGGCUUUUAUUGCCUUUAGGAAUUGUUCAAAAGAGUGCAAUCUAUAGUCAACAGAGAGCAAUUUGUGUGACUUCUUCUGCAUCAUGUGCAUCCAUCCAGUGAGUAGACUGACUAUUCCACACUGAAUACUGUUUGGUUUGAUUCUGGCUUAGUGUCUAUACAAUAAACCUUGGCCCUACUCUUCUGCUUCAGCAAUACUAUAUGUGCCACCACCGCCUCAUGCCACCCCCUCAGCACAGCACUCCGGCCCUACAGCCUGCCCGUGCUAUGCAAGGUGACUGAACUUCCAUGGGACAUAAGGUGAGAGUAGCUGAGGCUUGCUGAGAUAGUAUUUUGAGGACUGUCCCAGGAAGAAAGCAUAAAACCUGGUCAUGUGUGGACCCUUUUAACCUGGAUUGUGUCAAUCAUAACGAUAUCUGAUUUUCCUUUUGGAGGAAAGUAUUUGGUUCAGUCUAGGUGAGACUGAAUAAUCAUUGUGUGUGCAAAGGGGGAAAAAGGGGUGCCUUUGACCUAUUUAAAACUAAUGAAAACUGAAAGUUAAUCAGAUUUUGACCAAUUCCUUGGUCAAAAUUAGUACUUUGUUGAGAAGAGAGUCUAGGGGAAGUUGUAUGUCUGCCAGCUGGUGGACUUUUUCAUUAAUUUUGCUGACAGUUCUGUUUUUGCUUUUUGUUUGUUUUUAACGGAAGUGAUUUUUAAAUGUUAGAAAUCAAUCAAUAUGAUUUAUACAAUAUGAUUUAUAGCUAUUUCAGCUUUAUCUUUUACUCCUUGCUUGGACAAAUCUUCCACCAGAGUUAGCAGAUGAUUUGGGAGAUUCCUGUGCUAGUAACAAAGGACUGCGCCAAGGGUGGAAGGGCUUGGGUAAAAAAACCCAUCUUAUUCAUGGAUAUUUCCCUUCUAAUAUUUGAAUAACUAGCCAAUUCUACCUUCAGACAACUGGUGUAAAAUGCAGACUGCUUAGAUAUGUUCAUAAAAGGAACAGAAAUUCCAAUAAAUUGAUUAAACAAACCAUGCAUUAUUAAUUUUAAUUCAUGGUACAAUGGCCACAGAAUUAUACAGAUGAUAAAACCAUAGAGUUAUGAGAAAUAACUAGGCCUACAGACAUCACCCUGCAGUUUUCAUACUGGAAUAAGUCAGUUAAUUACUCUAUUGCAAACCUAAUGAAUUGGUAAUCUUCUAUGUCACCACAGUCUCUACACAAUUAACCAAAACCAAUGGUCUUUGUGCAGUGAAUAGUUCAGAGAUUCACUCAUGUGGGGGUUUAGACAUCCAGUCGUGAGCCUUUCACCUUCAGGUUAACAGCCCGAAUUAUGGUACAAACCACUCUUUGGCAACCUCUAGUAGAUAAUUCAGUGGUCUCAGGUUUUUCAUUCCUGCUUUCAGCCAAGGAGGCAAAGAACUGACCUGGGACUCACCUGACAACUUCUGUGUACCAGUCUGUACAAAUGAAGUAUUGAUACAUGAGGGAACUCUUCAUUAACAAUCCUAAGCAAAUUAUUAGUAGGAAAAUAAUUUAAUCCUUGCAAAUUGGCAGCAAAAGCAAUUGUUUUUUAUUCUUUAUUAUUAUUAUUAUUCUUUAUUAUUAUUCUUUAUUAUUAUCAUUUAGUCUGUUUGGAUCCAGAUACAGAGACAUACUUGAUAGCAAAAUUUGAAAGGUAUAUGGUAAACCAACUCUUAUAUAUAUAUAUUUAUAUAUAUAUAUAUAAAUUUGGGAUAAAUUUCCUUUAGAACCUUGAAACUGUAAAUAAACAUUUUAGCAGUCACAAGGUGAAAAAUGUUCCCAUCAAUCCUUCUCUUUAUAAUACGAUAAGAAAAGCCAGUCUGAUAUAUGUGGUUUCACAAAUAAAUUAACUGCAAAAUCUACAUUUUCUUUGACACUUUGUAAUGCACAUAUUAUAAGAGCUGAGAUUAAAAAGUUUGGAAAGUUAACUCCCUUGGUGCAAUUUAAUGUUUUAAAGAUUCAGUGGAUAUACUGAAGAGAAGCAAGUAAGAAGCUUUUCAAUCUAUACAAAAUCCUAAUGUGCCAAACUCUUUCCAGUGAAUGAAAAAAACAGUUAAAUAUACUGACUUUGUAUUAGGAUUUGCAAAAUCUCUAUUAACGCACUGUAAUUUUGCACUAUUUUGUAAGAAAAGGAAAAAAAAAGGAAAAAGAAAAAAGAAACUGAAAAAGAAACAGAAAAAAAGUCUAAAAAUAGAUGCCAAAUGGAUAGUUUGUAAAAUACUAUUUUUCUGAUAUAAGGUGUCAUCACAUUGUGAAUCUCACUGUGUUAUUGUAAACUGUGAAAAAUUUGAUGUUCCGUUGUGACACAGCCUACCAAGGGCCAUUUCUAACACAGAUUAGUCACCUGAACUUGUUUAUAUGAAGCAUAUUCAUAAAUCUGAGAUCACUUUUAUACUUAUUUUUUGUAGACUAUUUUUCCACAUUUGCAACACAACUGUUAUUUUAUAUCAAACAUUGAUUUUGCUUUAAUAUAUUAUUUGAAUAGGUGGGUGGGUGUCUUAAAUGUGCCAGAUAUUCAAAACUGUAACAGAUAAUUCAGAAACUAUUCUUUGCCAAACUGUAGUGCUACUAAAAUCAAUGAUGUUUUGUUGAAAAACAGGCACACUGUCAAUAACGAUAGUUUCUACCCCAUGAUAAUGAUGAAAAUGUUACAUUUCUUAGGAUAAAUUCCUGGUAGUUAUGAGCUGCAUUUCCCUGCUGUCUUUGUGUAUGUUGGGAAAACAAAACUGUGUGCCAUAGCUGAACAUCACAGAUAUUCAGCCACUCACAUAGUGUGCCAUGGAUUUGACUUCUGAAACACAUUGAUGAGAAUUAAGAGAAAUAACCAAGCUGCUUGUCCUGAUUGAAACUCCCUUUCUGUGGUGAAUCACAUGAAAAUGGGAUGGUUGUCAACGUGAGACUCGUAUGAUCUCAGUAGAGAUAGUAAGUUUUGUACAUAGAAACAUGGGGACUUCAAUUAUUCUCUUAGUGCAAGAUCAGGACCAAAGUCCCUUUCUUGUACGUUUGAACUUACAUAACAUUCAGUGGGAUCUGAUAUGAACCUUUUCUUCAUGUUCUCAGCUAAUGAUAUUCCGUAUACUGACAACUUCAUCUUUUAUAUGUUUUAUGUAGUACUUAUAAUGCAUAAAUUCAUGUGCAAGAAAUAGCAACCAUGGAAAAUUUAAUUUUAAUAAAAAUAAUGAAAACCAUUCUUAACUGUAGGCACAUUUUAAGAUGCCAUGUUAGAAGGAGAUCUUGAAAAAAAAUGUAUUUUUUAUUUAUUAGUGACUGUAUAUUUUGCCCAUGAUCUAGACAUUUUAUAACAGGCAGUCUACCAAAAAAUGGUUAUUUGUUCCCUUUGAACACUACCAUCACCCUGAGAUGCAUCUGAAAAACGUAGAUGUCAGCCACUGAUGUUUUUUGGUAUUUUUUUAAUUUGAUGUUGUUGUCGAACUGUCUUCUGAUUAUCUAUAGCUAUAUUCAGAGUUUUCAACAUAAUUUAACUCACUUCGAAGAUACCUACUGAAUGGAACUUCAGGUAACUGUAACUAUUUCAAGAACUUUCACCAUUUAUGUGAAAUUAAUAUUUCAGAACACUGAUUCCAAGAUGGUUAACAAGCAGCUCAUUGACUCUUACUUAUUGAGCACUGGAAUUCUCCCCAAAGGAUAAACACUGAAUCAUGUAAAUAAUAGUGCUCUAUAUAAGCCUAACAAAUUACUGUAAUAAGUAUAUUUAAAAUAAAAAGAGAACAUUCCAAGUGUA